AUGGAGAGCAUUGAAGUUAUCAUUCCUACAAGUACAAAACCUGAGCUGCCUGAGACUGACACAAAAUCUGCAACCACCACUACCUCGUGUAAAGCUUGGCUUCAGAUUCAGAAUGUAUGGGAAUUUUGCAAGGAAGACACUGGCAGAGUAAUAUUUGCGCUCAAAGUUGGACUAGCUGUUCUUCUUGUGUCUUUGCUUAUAUUAUUUGGAGCCCCAUACCAACUCUUUGGACCCAAUAUCGUAUGGGCCAUUCUCACUGCUAUCCUUGUCUUCGAAUACACUGUUGGAGCUACAUUUAAUCGAGGAUUUAAUCGAGCACUUGGAAGCUUGAUGGCGGGAAUCUUGGCCAUUGCUGUUGCUCAGACAGCGAUGUUCAGUGGCCACGUCGCUGAGCCUAUUAUUAUUGGUCUUAGUAUCUUCAUCAUCGCGGUCAUAACGUCAUUCAUGAAAAUGUGGCCAUCCCUUGUGGAGUACGAGUACGGGUUUAGGGUCAUACUGCUAAGUUACUGCUUGAUCAUAAUCUCUGGUUAUAGAAUGGGAAACCCAAUUAGAACAAUGAUCGAUCGGUUGUGUUCAAUCGCCAUUGGAGGAACAAUGUCAGUCUUGGUGAAUGUCUUAAUUUUUCCUAUAUGGGCUGGGGAGUUACUACAUACACAGCUGGUUAACAACUUCUAUUCCGUGGCAGAUUCACUUGAGGAAUGUGUCAAGAAAUAUUUAGAAGACGGAUCAGAGAAGUCUAAAUUCACCACGGCUAGUAUAGAUGCAUUUCAAGACGAACCAGCUUAUAAGAGAUGUGAAAGCACCUUGAACUCAGGGCCAAAGCUUGAGACUCUGGCUAAUUCAGCAAAAUGGGAGCCACCACAUGGUAGAUUCCUUCACUUUUCAUUUCCAUGGUCACAAUAUGUUCAAGUUGGGGCAGUCUUGCGACACUGUGCUUAUGAAGUUAUGACACUCCAUAGUAUUGUACACGCAGAAAUUCAGGCUUGGAAUGCUAGUGUGUUCCGGGCCGGUUUUAGACGUUCAGAGAAGACAAACAAGAAUGAGCUAACAGCUCCCUACAAACUGCGAGUCGCGUUCGGAUCAGAAAUCCUAGAGGCAUCGAAUCAGGCUGCGGAGCUAGUAAGGAUCAUGGGAAGAGAUAUUAGCAGCAUGAAAUGGAGUAUGAAAAACUCCCACAUUAAAAGGCUUCAUAGCUCUACCGAGAGGCUGCAACGUUCUAUGCACCUCCAUUCUUAUCUAUUCACAACCACUGUUGAAUCCCCCGAUUACCCUUCCAGGUCCCUCGCAAAGCUCCUACAUACCCUGUCAACUACCCUUUAUCCCUUCCCAGAUCAGAGGGUGAUGGCAGAACAAACAGAAUGUUACCAUGAGAGCAUGAGGAAGCAGUUGAGAAGGCUAUAUUCUUGGCCAUCUAUAAAGGUGGAUGUGUUUGAAGAAGAUCAUAGUGGGACAGGCACAGAGUUGUUACCUAGAAAUAGGAUGAGAGCGUUAGAGAGUACCGCAGCAUUGUCACUGGUCAACUUCACUUCCUCACUCGUGGAGUUUGUGGCCAGAGUUGAUCACUUGGUAGAGGCAGUUGAUAAGCUUUCCAAGAUGGCCAAGUUCAAGCCUAACGGGUUGUAG